CGGGUCGGUAACAAACGGGCAAACAAGGUACCAGGAGCAGGCGAGAGAGUGGUCAGGACUAGCCAAGGUCAGUACAGGCAGAGUUCGUGCAGAAUCAGGUACAGGCAGAGUUCGUGCAGAAUCAGGGUAGAAGCAAGUAGGAUCAGGAUACCGGGGCCAAGCAAAACAGUACAACAAGGCACUGACUGCAGGUCUGGCCAUUCCUUAAAUACACCUUCUGCAAUCAGCCUCAGGUGAUGGCUGAUUGCAGGAGUGAGCUUCUGGUUGCUGAGAGCACCCGCUGGUUAGCCCUGGUACUGCAGCCCACAAGACAGGCGAGUCCCACCACCAUUGGCGAGUCCAUUCCUGACAUUAGGUACAAAACUUUUUCAGAAGGUCUAAAAGCUGGUACUCUAGUAAAUAUAUGGAAA